AGUAAGAAUUUCCACGCCCAAACAAAUAAAAACGCACCAGUUCUAUACGGGCAAUUCUCCAGGGUUUGAAAAUCCAGUUCCUGAUCUGCAAUCAUUCCUUCGAGGUCGAGCGAUCACAAGAAAUGGGAGGAGGCCAUAGCGGAAGCGGCGGCACCACUUACAAGGGCUACACCCUUCACCAACCCAAACGCUGGCACGUCGUCACCGGCAAGGGCUUAUGCGCCAUCAUGUGGUUCGCAUCUUUCCUCUCUCCUUCCAUCUAUUACUUCUCAUUCCAAUUUCUUUCAUUGCACUUCCAAUUCAGUUUUUAGCCACAAUAAGCUAAA